AUGUGCACGCUUCAACCACAAAUUGCAUACAACCUAAGACACAAGAACAAAAAAUACCCCAAAACAUCCACACUACCCGUACCUUCAAUCACAACUCCAACAUAUACCCUUCCCGAUCUAUCUAUACAUCUCUACACAGAAUACUCUACUCCUAACCUAUCCAAUCAAUCAAAAACGCCCCUUUCCCUUGAAACUAGCUAUAAGCUACUGCUUACCACACACCUAGCCUUAUUAAUCCGCUUUUUUGUUGCGGAAUUCCACAAGACCAAAACCUCCUUCUCCCUCCCUCCCUCUCUUUCUCUCUCUGUCUUUCUCACCCAAAAAAAAAGGGAAAUAGGGAAAAAGAGAAAACUGAUCAAGUAUUACACACCCAAGAACUCUCCUAGCCCUCGUUCUGUUUUCCCAAAUAUAUAUAUGAGUUUGGGAUGGAGACAGCCAGCCAGUCCAAUUGUUCCACCUAAGAUAGGAAUAGCGUCUCCGCCUAGCGUCCCCGCCUAG